CCAUUAAAAAAAUAAAAAAUGAAAACUGGUGUGGCGAUGGAAGAGGAGGUAGAAGAUCGGGAUGGGAAGGAGGAGGAGGAGGAGGAGGAGGAUGGUGAUGGGGAAGGAGGAGAGGAGGAGGAGGAGGACAAGGGGAGGACAAGGGGGAGAAAAAUCGGCUAUGAGAGGAGGAGGAGGAGGAGGAACAGAUCAGGAUGGGAAAGAGGAGGAGAAGGAGUGGGAGGAGGAGGAAGAAGAUCGCAAUCUUCCUCCUCCUCCUCCUCCUCCCUCCCAUCCCGAUCUUAGGAGGAGGAAGAGGAGGACGAGGAUGAGGAGGAGAAGGAGAAGAGGGAGAAAGAUCGGCUAUGGGAGGAGGACGAGGAGGACGAGGAGGAGGAAGACGAGGACGAGGAGGAGAAGGAAGAGGAGGAGGAGGAGGAGGAGGAGGAGAAGGGGGAUAAUGAUCGGCUAUGGGAGGAGGAGGAGGAGGAGGAGGAAGAAGAAAAUGGCAAUGGGGAAGGAGGAGAGGAGGAAGGAGUAGGGGGAAGGAGGAGAGGAGGAAGGAAAGAUCGGCUGGAGGAGGAGGAGGAGGAGGAGGAGGAGGAGGAAGAAGAAGAUCGCGAUAGGAGGAGGAGGGAAGAAGAAGAUCGUGAUGGAGUAGGAGGAGAAGGGGGAAAAAGAUCGGCUAUGGGAGGAGGAGGAGGAGGAGGAAGAAGAAGAUGGCAAUGGGAGUGGAGGAGAAGAGGAACGAGAAGAAGGAGGAGGACUCCGAGAAAAACAAAGAGGAAGAAGACCAUGAUGGAGGAGGAGAAAGGAGAACAUGAUGAUGAGGAGGAGGAUGGCGAUGAGGAGGAGGAGGAAGAUGGCGAUGAUGAGGAGGAGGAAGAUGGCGAUGAGGAGGAGGAGGAAGAUGACGAUGAGGAGGAGGAGGAAGAUGGCGAUGGGGAGGAGGAGGAGGAGGAGGAGGAGAACGAGCGCGAUGGGAGGAAGGGGAGGGAGAAAAAAAAUCAUGAUGGAGUAAUAGCAGUAGGAGGAGGAAGAAGAUCACAAUGGGAGGAGGAGGGGGAGGAAGAAAGAAGAUCUCGAUGGAGUAGAACUUACCUUCAUGGCGAUGUUGACGACAAUCGAUGGCGACGGUUACUGCGCACGCAACGUGACACGCGAUGGCGACGGUCGAUGGUGAUCAAUGAUGGCGAUAGCCGAUGAGCGAUGGCGGCUCUUGGGCGCUCCCUCCACAAGA